UUCAGUUUCUCCGUCUCCUAGCAACCGCGCUCACAGCAGAGUCAGUUUGACUAACAGAGUUUGGUAAAAAGUUGAACUUCUGACGCGAAGCAGAAAGAAAAAACCCAGAAGAUCGGUCCAGCAUGACAGAAACCCACGCUGACGUCAUCUACAUCUCGGAUGACGACUCCACGGAGGACGUCUAUGAGGUCGAUGUGGAGAGAGUCAGUCUACAGGAAGAGAAAAAAGAGGAGGAAGGUCAUCCAGAAGGUCAUCCAGAAGGUCAUCCAGAAGGUCAUCCAGAGGGCUUCAGUCCGGACAGAACAGCUGUGAAAUCAAACAAAGGAUGCUGUGGCCCCGCCCACCCUGCGGCCCCUGAGGUGGAGCUGAGUUCGGCUGAGGUCACCUGUGAUUUAAAUGAAGGCGGGACGUCCAGAAUGAUGCCAGAGGGCGCCGGCGACCUGCCCCCCCUCUGUAUCAGGAACGUCACCUCGCUCGUGGAUCUGGGCUCCAAACUGGACCUUACAGUGAUCAACAGAACCCUGUGGAACACCGAGACCAAGGCUAAGUUCCCCCAUUCCCUCCUGAUGAGGAUCCGGAGACCCAGGACCACGGCCAACAUCUUCCUGUCGGGAAUGAUGAUCUGCGUUGGAGCUACGAGCAUCGAGGAGUGUCGUCAAGCAACCAGGAGGCACGCCCGGAUCCUGCAGAACGCCGGCUUCCCCGUCCGCUUCCUCAACUUCCGGAUCCUCAACUGCGUCUGCACGUUCCAGACUUUCCGCAUGGACCUGGAAGGGCUGGUCCGGAGCAACCCGGAUCAUUUCAGGUUGUAUAAGGUCCGGUGCGAUGUAGUGGCCAUCUACAGGUCAGCUGGCAGAAUCACGGCGACGAUCCACCGACAAGGGACUGUCCUCAUGAUGGGAUCCCCUUCUCUCGAUGGAUACAAAGAAAUUCUACAAACGCUGUACCCGAUUCUGAAGCUCUUCCGACUCAACUGACAGGAUCACUUUAAUAAAGUUUUUUGAGAAAAAUUUA